AUGCAUAAAAUUAAUAAAGAAGAGAAAAAGAUCUCUUCAGUAAAACUAGAAUUUUCUGACGAUGCUUCAGAUGAUCAAAUUAGUAUUGAUAAAGAAAAUGUAUGGGAUACAGAUUUAAAUAUUAUAGAUGAUGAUUUUAAUAUAAUAGGAAAUGAAAAUAACGUAUUACUGGAAGAGAAGUCGAGAACGAAGGACGGAAAAUUUAAUGACAAUUCCAGGAAGGAAAAAGAGGAUGAAGCCCAUUUUUUGAACGAACAAAUGGAUGAUAUUACAGAAAAAAAUAAAGCAACUCAUAAUGAACUUUUUAUCUGUAAAGAAGUAGUAAAGAGAGGGUAUGAAAAUUUGUAUUCUCAGAACGAAAGCGAACAAAUCAUUUUAAAGGGAAAGAAUAAAAAUGAAGAGGAGAACUCAUCCCAUGAUUUAUGUAUAAAACAAGGGAAGGAUCAGAAUUUAAGUGGUAGUAUGAAUGUGCUAUGUAGUCAUAUGAACAACACGGAGGAAUAUAUAGAUAUAAAUAAAAAGAAGUCGCUACAUUUAAGUAAAGAAAAUGAAAAAUGUGAAAAUUUUCCAUAUAACAGUUCAUCAGAUAAAAACAUUUGCAUUAACAAUUUAAAAGAUAAUUUUAAUGGUGCAGAUAAAUUAGUCGUUGAUGAAGAAGAUGACAUGAGUUAUUAUCAGCACGAUGUGGAUAACACUUUAAAUAAUAAACAACGUAGAAGUUGUAGUAGUAGUAGUAGUAGUAGUAAUAGUAAUAGUAAUAGUAAUAGUAAUAGUAGAAGAACCAAGGCCCCUUCAGAGAAGUGCUGGUUAUAUGUGAAAAAUAUGCUCAACAUUGCAGAGGAUGAAAAAGUAAUAGAAUACAUCGAAAAGAUUAGCAGAAUGGGGGAUAUAUAUAUGGGUUCCUUUCCUACUGCAGACAAUACUAAUUCGAAAAAUAUUAUAGACCACGAUAAUCAGCAGUUGUUCGAAAAAGGGCUUCAUGAGGAAACUUUAUCAGAGAAAAACAAAUUGUAUUAUUUAAAUAUCAUUGAAAAUAUAAAAGAAGAAAUUAAAAAAGGAGGAGUAGGUGUCAAGGAAAAUAAGGAGUUCAUAGAAUUUGAGAAUAAAUGCGAGAAAUUAAAAAGCAAAAUUAACGAGUAUUAUAAUGAUAAGGAUAUUUACAGAGAUUGGUACAAAAGGAUGAAGGAUGAAAAUGAAAAAUUGCAUGCAAAGCUUAAUGCAGCAUACGAAAUAAAGCACAAUGAAGAAAUAAGUGAAGAAGAAAAGAGCAAAGAAAAUUAUGAGAAAUUAAAAAUACACUGUAACGACAUUGAAAAUAAAUAUGAAUCUUUAAAAAAUAAAUGCUAUGAAUAUGAAAAAAAGUAUCAAGGUCUUGAAGCAAAAUUUAAUACUGAAGAGUGGAAAUAUGAUGACUAUGAAAAGAAAUAUAAUGAAUUAUGCCAAAUAAUAGAAAGUAAAGAAAAUGCAUUAAAAGAAAAGGAUUAUGAACUAAAGGAAUAUAUUAGAAAACGCGAAGUAUAUAUAAAUGAAAAACAAUGUGCAAUACAAAAUUUGGAAAAACAAAUGCAAGAAUAUAAAAACCACCUAAAUGAGACGGAAACUUUUUUUAUACAAAAUGAAAACAAAUUAAGAAGUGAAUUAGAGAAUGAAAAAAAAAAUGAAGAAAGGAAUAAAAAUAAGAUAGAAAUUUUAGAAAAUAAAGUGGCAUACUUAGAGCAAGAAUUAAAUGAUUUGAGAGAGGAAAACAGAAUGUUAACCAACACAAAUAAACAACUAAAUGAGGUGUAUACAAGUUUAAAAAUAAAAGAUGAAAAGAAUGAGCAAAAUAUACAAAACUUGAAAUACAAUUUACAAAAUAAUGAAAAAGAAAGCAAUAUGAAGUGUGAAAAGAUUCAAGAAAUGAAUAACAAAAUGGAAAGUUUACUAAUUGAAAAUAACAAAAGUAGCAAAAUGGUAGAAUUAUUAGUAAGUGAAAAAAUGAAGUUAGAAAAUGAAAAUAGUAUUUUAAAAAAAGACUUAACAGAUAUACAGGAAGAAUUAAAAAAAAUAGAAAAACAUAGUUAUGAUAUUUAUGAAAUUAAAAAUUAUUUGGAAUCAACUCUUGAAAAAAACAAAAAUUUAAUGGAACAGUUAGAAUCUGAGAAAAAUCAAAAAGAAGAAUUGAAAAAUAAAAUUAAACAUUUUUUGACUGAUAUUAAAAACUCAUCUAUUGCUUUAAAAACAUACAAAUUGAAAUGCUCCUUUUUAGUUAACCUAGUAAAAAAUUAUGACGAACAUUUAUAUAUACUAGAAAGUAAAUUAAAAAAUUAUGAUUAUAAAAAAGGAUGGGAAGAAAAGAGACGAGAGUUUACUGGUCAUUUGAACGGCUGUGAGCAGACACUGGUGAGUCCUUCUUUUGACCAGAGGCAUCAGUCAGAUGAGAGAAAAAAUGGUGCACAUAAGAUUAAUAUCACAGGAGAUAACCAUAGCGAGGAUAAAAAUGGUAAUAUUAACCCUGACAAUGAUAACAAUGGUAAUGAUAACAAUGGCAAUGAUAACAAUGGCAAUGAUAACCAUGGCAAUGAUAACAAUGGUAGUGAUAACAAUGAUAGUGAUAACAAUGGCAAUGAUAACCAUGGCAAUGAUAACAAUGGCAAUGAUAACCAUGGCAAUGAUAACAAUGGCAAUGAUAACAAUGGCAAUGAUAACCAUGGCAAUGAUAACCAUGGCAAUGAUAACAAUGGCAAUGAUAACAAUGGCAAUGAUAACAAUGGCAAUGAUAACCAUGUCAGUAAUGGUUACAACGGUGGGGUACCUCUGAACAGUGAGAAGUACCUGCUAAAGGAAACGAUGCUACUGAAGGAAGAAUUAGAAAAGGAAAUAAGUAAGAAAGAGGAAAUCUCAAAAAAAAUACAUAAAUUGUCAACUGCGUUAAAGGAAAAAAAUAUAAUAAUAAAUGAGAAGAAUUAUAAGCUAAGCAAAUAUAAACUUAUGAGUAAGAAUUUGCAAAAUUCAAUUUUGAGUUAUCAGAAUAAUAUAAAAUCGUUAAAGGAAAAUAUACAUAAUUUGGAAAAACAAAUAGAAUUGAAGGAAGUGAAAAAUAUUAUAUUGCCACCAAAAGUGACUGUGCAUAUAUCAAAGUUGUCAGCUUUUGAAAAUAAUUUAAAAAAUGAGCUCAAGGGACUUAUAGGAAAUUCAUCUAAUUUUUUAGAAAACACUUUUAAGUAUAUAAAUGAAAACCCGCUCAAGAAAAAUUUACAGAAUAAAGCCUUUUUUACCUCAUCAGUGGAAAAGAAAGGGGACGACAAACUAAAAGUUCAUAAUGACAAAGAGGGAAGUGCAAUCAGUAAUAGCAACAGCAGUAGUGACACUAACAGUAACAACAAUAUUAGUAGAAAUGUCAGUAGAAAUGUCAGUAGAAAUGUCAGUAGAAAUGUCAGUAGAAAUGUCAGUAGAAAUGUCAGUAGAAAUGUCAGUAGAAAUGUCAGUAGAAAUGUCAGUAGAAAUGUCAGUAGAAAUGUCAGUGGCAAUAUCAGUGGCAAUAUCAGUGGCAAUAUCAAUAGCAACAGUCGUGACCCUGUGGAUGUGGCUGGAUUUGCGAAAUAUUUUAUAUACAAUAACAUGAGCAGGUUACCAAAUUUUAUGAAUGAUCAGAAUUAUAAAAACGAGCAAAGGGGAAAAGCUAAUUCUAGCCAAGUAGAAGAAACAGCAGAGAAUCAAACGGACAUGAUAAACAAAGACACAUCAAUUAAUUAUGAUAACAAUUGUUCUAAAGAACAGUCAAUUUUUAAUAACAAUUUUGCGAACCCUGUUCAACGUUUAGGAAACGACAAACAGUCUGAAAAUACAAAUAAAUAUAUAGACCUUUUUAUGGGAAAAAAAAAUGUUAACAAAUCAAGUAAUAAUAAAAAUAAAGAUUUAUUUAAUGUUCAACAAGUUUCUCAAUUUUAUGCAAAUACAGAAAAUAGAAUUAUGGAUCUAUUUGAUAAGAGUAAAAAAGAUCGUAAUAAAAUCAAAGAAAAAGAGGAAAUAAUUAAAAACUGUAAUAUUACAGAAAGUUAUCCUUCAAAUUGUAACUAUUAUAACAAUAAACAAAAUGUUGCAUCGUUCAUUCCACCUGAACAAGCUUGUAAUAAAUUCGAAACACGACAAAUGUAUGCAAAAAAUAUCGAUAACAAAUUAAAUACAGAGGAAAAUAAAAUUAUAAAAAAUGAUAAGGAUCUACAAAAUAUUAAUACUACUAACCAUUUGACAUAUAACGGGGAACUAUGUCCAUCUUAUGAUGAAAAUGUAAAUAAAAAUGAUAUAAAUGUAGGGAAAAAAGAAAAUAUCGCGUCCAGUGACAUGUAUAAUGAUGACCCAACAUCAGGUAUUAUUCCAAAAUCGCAACAAAAUAAUUUGGGUAAAAGUCAAAAUUUACAGUCUAACUUAUUAGAUGAUGACGUACAAAUAAAUGACGAUGUGUGGAAUGAGAAAAUUGAUUUAGAGAAUUUUGAGGAUAAUAUUUAA